UUUGCUUUGAUUUCUUGCCAUCUUCCAUUUCCCCCAAAACUCUUGGGCAGACGCGGACCUCAUUACGUUACGCCUCUCUCUCUCUCUCUCUCUAUCACUUCUCACGUGAUUCUCUCUCUCUUUCUCUUUCUCUCUGCUUCCGGUCGAAUCGAUUUCCUCUUGACUUCCUCCUCUGUCCGCAAACCCUAGCUCGCAGCAGCCGCCUUCUACUGUUCAGCGGACGCGGCAGCGUGUGCGCAGCAUACACCUUUUCAGCUGAUUCGAGUGAUCUGGAAUCUCGAGCUUUGAGGUGGAUCGCUGCUGUUCAUCCGGUUCAGUGCAUGGUCGAAACGAUGCCAGCUCGAACCUGCUGAGCUGCUUGCUGAGUUUGGAGACUUUAAUGAAAUGGGUGCUCUGUGACCCUGUCGUUUGUAGCAGAUGGCAGAAGACGGCCUGCGGAUUGGUGGGCUUUCUUCUGGACUGGCGGUGUUGCUCAAUCAAAGGGUAAGGGCAGAGACUUCGUCGAAAGGACGUCUGGUUUCGUUUUGCGACGAGUUCCGGAAUCAGUCUGUUGAGCAGACUCUUGAGCAUUUUUUCGAUCUUCCCAGUAAGUCGCUUGGUAUAUGUUCCCAUCCAGUGGACGGUAGUUUUAUUCAUUCUAUCAUAAAGAAGGAGCUUGCGAAGUUGAAUGAGGAUUUAAAUGCCUCGAGCUGUGACCGAGAUGGGAUAUGGAUCAUGGCGGGUGGCUGUCGGACAGAUGUUGUUGCUCUUGAUGAGUACAGUAUAUGUGGUGAUAUCAGAACUGUAAAGCCCCCGUUGCUUGUCGAGAGCCUGGCAAUGUUCAGCAGUGUAAGGGCUAAUGCCUGUGUUUGGAAAGGGAAAUGGAUGUAUGAAGUCAUUCUAGAAACAUCUGGCAUACAACAGCUCGGAUGGGCCACUCUUUCAUGCCCCUUCACUGACCAGAAGGGGGUGGGUGAUGCUGAUGAUUCAUAUGCCUUUGAUGGCAGAAGGGUUAGAAAAUGGAAUAAAGAAGAAGAGCCAUAUGGGCAGUCGUGGGUUGCUGGUGAUGUGAUCGGCUGCUGCAUAGAUCUGGAGAAUGCUAAGAUUUCCUUCUAUAGAAAUGGGACCUCUCUUGGGGUUGCAUUUUGUGGCAUCCGAAGGAUGGAGCCUGGAGCUGGGUAUUAUCCUGCAAUUUCACUUUCUCAAGGUGAACGUUGUGAGUUUAACUUUGGGGCGCGUCCUUUCAGAUAUCCGAUCGAGGGUUAUCUUCCCCUUCAGCCACCUCCACCUGUUGAUCUCUUAGCAACUCGGUUAUUGCAUUACUUAUCAAAGCUGUUGGAUUUGCACCGAAUGGAGCGAGAUGACUGCUCUUCAGUUGAGAGACUGAGAAGGUUGAAGAGGGUUGUGCCGCUUGAAGAUCUUUUUGUACCCAUUUCUCAAGCAAUAUGCAAGGAGUUCUUCUCCAUAAUUGAAUCGAAUUCUGGAAGCACCGAGUAUAUUGCAUGCGGAACUGUCCUUUCCUUCAUGAUGGAAAUAUUCUGUGUGCAAGCGCCACAUGAUUAUUUGAGCUUGGACAGGGUUCUUGAUGUUUUCCUAGAAUUCCAAGCGUCAAGGGUGAUUUUUGAGCACAUAAUAGAUGCCCUGUCAAGCGGUUGUAAAACAGUGCCUUUGCUUCUAACGGAAUGUCCAUGUUCAGGGUCAUACCCUUACCUUGCGCUAGCAUGCCAUAUGCUUAGAAGAGAAGAAUUAAUGGUGCUUUGGUGGAAAUCAGUAGAUUUUGAAUUGACAUUUGAGGGUUUUCUAUCGCGCAAGCCUCCAAAUAGGGAGGAUCUUCAGUGCCUGAUGCCUUCUGUAUGGUGGCCUGGAUCUUAUGACGAUGCUUCAUGUGAAAGUAGCAUGAUGCUGACAACUACAGCUCUAUCUGAAGCAAUCAAUAAGAUUGAGGAGAAGCACAGGGAACUUUGUCGCUUAGUUAUACAGUUUACGCCACCCACAGCACCUCCCCAGUUGCCAGGUUCAAUAUUUAGGACAUUUAUACAAAACCUCCUCUUGAAGAACAGAGGAGCUGAUAGAAAUGUUCCUCCUCCUGGAGUUUCAAGCAACUCCGUUCUUGUUUCAUUGUAUACAGUAGUACUUCACUUUUUAUCAGAAGGAUUUGCUUUACGAGAUGUAUAUAGUUGGCUGAAAAGCAGUAAAUCUGUUGGCUGCAAUGGUGGUUUUCUUCAUAGAGGGGGCCGACGAAGUUUUCCUAUGGCUUUAUUUCUAAAAAAUGAAUCUCAUCGAAGUGACAUUACAAGGCUCGGUGGCACAUACAGUCAUCUAUCAAAAUCACAUCCUGUGGAUGAUCAAGAGGAGGAAUUAAUUCGGUGGGAGGAGGGCUUCUUGGAUGACAAUAACAGCAGAGUCACACAUUUAACCUUGCAGAAGCCAUGCUGUUGUUCUAGUAAUGAUGUUGACUAUGCAAGAAGCCUGAAGAAUCCCAUUAGAUACACGACUAGAGGUUCUCGUGGCCAUGCUGGUUCUAAUUCAGAGAGAUCAGCUCAUGUUGCGGCGGAGUGCAGUGCUGGUAAUUUGAAUGACGAGAUAGCAGAUAAGCCUAGCACAAGUGAUCAAUCUGAACCUGAGUUUGGUUAUCGGCCCAUGCAGCAUACGAGGACUGUACUCAGGGACUGCAAUAUUUCGUCAGCUACAAUAAGAGAAGAAGAACUCUUAGACUCACUCUUGCUGCUGUAUCAUGUAGGUUUGGCACCAAACUUUAAGCAGGCAUCAUAUUACAUUGCCCAUCAAUCACAGUUUAUUUCUCUGUUGGAAGAAACUGAAAAACAAAUAAGGGAGCAGGUUUAUGGUGAAAAGUUGAAGCGUUUGAAAGAAGCUCGUAAUGGUUACCGGGAAGAGAUUGCUAAUUGUGUCAGGCAUUGUGCAUGGUAUCGUGUGUUGCUGUUUUCUCGAUGGAAGCAAAGAGGCAUGUAUGCUAUGUGUAUGUGGACAGUUCAGUUGCUUCUAGCUGUCAGCAAAGUGGAUUCUCUCUUCCUUUAUGUUCCAGAGUUCUAUAUUGAAGCACUGGUUGACUGCUUUCACGUGUUACGCAAGAGUGAUCCUCCAUUUGUCUCUCCAACUAUAUUUAUCAAGCAAGGGCUUGCUUCAUUUGUCACUUUUCUAGUCACUCACUUCAAUGAUCCGAGGAUAUCGAGUGCUGAUCUGAGGGAUCUUCUUCUCCAAUCGAUCUCUGUUCUUGUUCAGUACAAGGAAUUUCUGGAUGAUUUUGAGAACAAUGAAGCAGCCACACAGAGGUUAACCGCUGCUUUACUUUCUGCAUUUGAUAACAGAUGCUGGAUACCCGUAACAAACAUCCUCUUGAGGUUAUGCAAGGGCUCUGGCUUUGGUUUCUCAAAGUACGGUGAAUCCUCAUCUUCUUCAGUGGUCUUCCAGAGAUUGUUGCGAGAAGCUUGCACCAACAAUGAAAGCUUGUUUUCAGCUUUUCUCAAUCGACUGUUUAAUACUCUGAGCUGGACGAUGACUGAAUUUUCUGUUUCUAUUCGCGAAAUGCAAGAAAAAUACCAGGUGGUAGAGUUAAAUCAUCGGAAAUGCAGUGUCAUAUUUGAUCUUUCCUGCAAUCUGGCGAGGGUAUUGGAGUUCUGUACUCGUGAGAUCCCUCAGGCAUUCCUAUCUGGAACAGACACAAAUCUCCAGAGGCUGACCGAACUAAUUGUCUUCAGCUUAAAUCACAUAACAUCAGCAGCAGAUGCUGAGUUCUUUGAAUUGUCUGUGAAAAGGCAUGGUCAGUUGUCAGAGAAAGUGAAUCAGGGAAUGUUGUUGGCACCCCUAGCAGGGAUCAUCUUAAAUUUGUUGGAUGCCUGUGGAAAGGGACAGCUUAGGAGUCAAAACGAUGUUGUGAAUGUGUUUGCAAGCACGGACUGCUUCAACUCAGUUCACUGUGGGUUUCAGUAUUUGUUGGAGUACAACUGGGCGGAAUCUGUCAGGGCCGAUGCUUACCUUGGAAAACUUGGGAAGCUAGAUGGCUUCCUGAGCCUGCUGACGGCAGAAUCCAAGGAAUCUGCAAAAGAAGUGUCUUGGGAAGAGAGGGGGGACUUUGAUGAACAAACGUGCUGCAUCUGCUAUGCAUCUAAAUCAGAUGCCAGGUUCGUUCCUUGCUCCCACAGAUCAUGCUAUGGCUGCAUCUCGAGACAUCUCCUAAACUGCCAGAGAUGUUUCUUUUGUAACGCCACAGUGUUGGAGGUGGUCAGAAUCGAAGGGAACAGCGCAGCAUGGUAAGAAAGCUGUCUUCUUCUCUUCUAUCCUGUGCCGGUCGAGCCUCUGUUGGUAGCCGGCUCUCGUGUUUGAUAGACUAGACACGGUCACGGUCACUGUGCAACUCAAGUAGAAGGUUCUUCAGGUGGUAAUGUUAUGGGGCUGGGUUGGUCAGGAGAAUUUUGUAGGGGUAAACCGUAAAAGGUGAAAUUAGGGGAGCAUUUCUUUUGUAAAUAUGAGAUGUAAUCGUGUAAAUGGCAAAAGUAAUCAUGUUGAGUCACUCUAUGCAAUAAUCUUGCGUAGCGGGAGCGGCAAAGUCGCCACUAUUGCCCACCAAUUUACUUAGCAAAAAAAGAUAAUCCAACCAUGUUGUUCCUGGAAUUUCAGCAAAUGAAAAAAAAAAA